AUGAGUCCGAAGUAUGUAACAAGGGUGGACAAAACUAGAUUGAUUAAGAAAAAAAACAUCGCAAUAGAAGCUGUAGGGAUGAUAAUAGAAGAAAAGCAGAGACAGAGCAAUUUUGAAAAACUACAAAACCAAGGACACAUGGAAACAGAAUGGAAAAAGUUCAGUAUCGUACUGAUUGGAGAAGGCGAAGUAAUCAAAAUCAGUGACUUUGGUACAUCAAGAACAUGGAACGGCGUCAGUGAAAAAAUGACUUUCGCAGGAACAGUAGCUUGGAUGGCUCCAGAAGCAAUUCAAGAACUGGCUUGUAGUGAAAAGGUCGACAUUUGGUCGUACGGUGUGGUGCUUUGGGAACUCAUCACUUGUGAAGUACCUUACGACGGUAUGAAUCAGGGUGCCAUAAUGUAUUCCGUAGGAUCGGGUAAAUUAACCCCGCCCAUACCUUCUACAUGUCCAGAUGGUUUCAAAUUGAUCAUGCAGAUGUGUUGGAAGUUCAACCCCAAAGAACGGCCAAAUUUCAAAUUGAUUUGCAAUCAUCUGGAGAUCGCAUCAGUUGAUAUAUUCUCUAAAUAUGAAGACAAAACUUUCUUCGAAACACAAGAAAGCUGGAAGCAGGAAAUCAGAUCUCACAUAUUUCUGUUUUGUGAAAAGCUACAGAAGCAUAAGAUCGAGUAUCAACUCAAAGAGGAACAGCUUAUUAAGCGAAGAGAGUUAGAACUGAAGCAUAUUAGAGAUAUAAGGCAGGUGUAUGAUCGAAGACUGGAAAAAGUGAAUCAAAUGUUGAUUAUGUUGUCAGGGAAGAUUCAACAGAUUGAACGACAAAGACCUUGUGGACGGCCAAAAAAGAUGCUCUCUAGGUUUAAUACUGCCAGGCGAAGACCCGGGAAUCAAAGCACCACCCCUACUAGUCCCGAAUGCAGUUUAACAAGUCCUGACAGUCCCCAACUCAUUCCAACAAAAGCGCCAGAAUACAGCCGUUUAAAUACCGACAUCGCAACACACUCUACGACAACACAAACAUCAAUAACAUCACGUAAAAGACAUCAGCGAACAAACUCAAACUCUCCUCGAAACUCACGAUGCUCCAGGUCAUCAAGUUCAAGAAUGUCGAUCGUGGUCGAUGCCGAAACACAGACUGACUCCAUGGAUAUUAGCGAAACAGAUAUGAGUCCGACAACCAGCUGCGCGACUACCAGUUGUGCGAGUACGACAGUUUAUCCCCAAAGGGUAAUACUAGAAGAAUUCAAGAGUAACGUCAAAGAUGAGGCGGCGAACGGGAAUUGUGUGCAAUUGCAUUAUAUGGAACCACAUCCACAGCCAGUUCAGAUAUUUACCAGAAGAGAUUCCCGAACACCAAGUCCAGAGAUCUUUGAAUGCGAAGACAGCGUCAAUCGAAACAUAGAUCCGCAAUUGUCCAGUGAAGAGGAUAAUCUCGAAACGAUCAGUCGAAAAGUAUCUGCGAUGAAAAUCGAUACGAUAUUCUCACCAGAAAACGGCAACAUUUCUACAAAUCUCGUAGAUAUCAUUAGGCAGCGAACUUUUUCAGAAACCAGGGACGAUUUGGAUAGUACUGAAGAUGCAGCUAACGAAGAUAGUGUCACAGACGAGGAAGGGGAGAUAUACAAUCAUCCUUUAAGAAGAAGAAGGUAA